AUGCCGGGCCGUUUCUCGGAUAAGAUCUACCCAAUUACUCACAAUACAACCUUUCCUGUCCCUGAAUCUGUUAUAAAAGCAUUUGAAAGUUUGAAAAAGGAGUUGAUGGAUGCAGCGUUGGUCACUAUCGACCCGAGAAUACCUUUGGUGCUCGAAACUAAUGCAUCUGAUGUCGCGAUUUCUGCUCUCUAG